AUGUUAAAUGCAGAAGUCCUGGCCAGGGAUUGUGACAUAAAUCAUCUAUUGCAGGAGAGGAUAAUGAGGUUACUUGUGUGCCGGUUCCGUUUCCAGAACAGGGCAGAGCAUGGAUUAGGGUUUCAGGUUCAGGGGAAAUCUGGAUUUGUAUGGGGUGGUAACGGGAGCGUGCGUAGCAUUCUCUGUGGUCUUCUACCAAAAAAAGAAGUUGCAGAUGGAAAUUCAAGCCCAAUUAUCCAAACAGAGGGCAUAAAUCCUAGCAGUAAACAAUGGAGGAAAGCCGUAUACAGGGGAACCCUCAAAGACGAAACAAGUGUAGCUAUAAAGACAGCCAAACUGGGCAACAGAAAAGGAACAGAGCCAGAGUAUUAUAGAAACUAUCAGCUUCUUGAUAAAAGUGAUGUCUACAGUUUUGGUGUGGUGUUACUUGAACUCGUGACGUUUCGGAAGGUGAUUGACUUCAGCAGGAAUUUUGAUUAUGUGAACCUGGUUGUUUGGGUGCUUGGAAAACAUGAGGAAGGAAAAGUUAUGGACGUCGUAGAAUCUCGCUUGACAGAAAAGGCUUCGCCUUUGGUGUUGGAUACCAUAAGAGUUGUGGCUUUAAUGACGGUGGGUUGCUUGAAGGAGAAGAGGCAGGACACCAUCGCCAUCACGCCUCCAGCUAUUCUGGUUUCAAAAACACAACUGUCGUGCUAG